UUUAAAAAUAAUCUUUCAGAAAGAAUGGCGGAAAGCCAAUCAUGAUUAUGUUAUCGUGAAUAAUAACUUUUAGUUUACGCUUUAUGCGUAGCGAUUUAUGUAAGACGUGUGAAUUAGCUUUCAAUAAAAUAAUAAGUGUUAUCUACGACUAUCCCGGGAAUUUCCAAUGUCAACAGAGAUAUCUCUCUAAAAUAUCGAAGUAUCCGUAACACAUGCUAAUUGGGUAAAUAUAAAGUUGAGCUAAAGAAACCAAAAUAACAGGAAAAAUGUUAUCUGAUGAAUCAAGCAGUGAUUCUGAAACUGGCCGCUUUAAAUGCCAAACAAACAAGCAAGAUGGUCAACAAGGAAGGGAUGAAACUAGGUCGACAAAUAGAACAAGAUCUCCUGGCAGAAACAAACACUCUGUUAAUAGAUAUGAUAAGGGUUUUGAUAGAAAAAAAGAUGAUAGAGAUCGAUUCCAUAGAGAUAGACACAGACAUGAAAGAUUUUCGCCUAUAAGGUCUAGGUAUCCUAGGGAUAGAAGUAGAGAGAGGAGAUCCCAUGACAGACAAAGAGAGAAGGAGAGGUCAAAGCAUAAAGAUUUUAGUCUAAAUAGAGAUCAAAGGAGAAGUUCAAGAUCCAGGUUCUCUAGAUCUCCUAUGCAUAACAGAAAUGUAAAAGAUGAGAUUAAAAAUAUCAUUGUUUCAGACAAAACAACUGAUAAGUAUGAUAGGAAACCCAGAGAUGAUAGUCCACCAUCUCCUAUUCAUAAUGUCAAGAGGUCUGAGGUGUAUAAACCUCAAGAGCAACCAAAAACCAGGAAGAGUGAAAGCCCUGUUGUUAUUGAUCAUGAUAGUCCUGAUGAGGAAGUACAACUAGGAUCAUAUUAUAGCAUGAUACCAGCUGUUGUAAAAGAAAAAUCGGAAGAAUCCAGUGAAAUAGAUUCAUCUGAUGAUGAAAAACUUCGUGCCAAGCUCUUAAAUUUAGAAAAGGAACUGAACAAAAGCAAAAAGAAGAAACAUAAGAAAAAACACAAAAAGAGAAGUUCAAAGUCAAAAGAUAAAGUUCUGGAUGCAACAUCCGUUGAAGUUACAAGUACAACUGAUAUACAAGAAGUGCAAAAUGAGCAUAAAACUCAGUCAACAGAAGUUUCGUCCACACAAAAAAAUAAUCGUAAAGACAGCAGCGAGGAAGGAGAAAUAUUAAGUGAAGAGGAGGAGUUUGAUUCCAAUGACCUGAGACACAAGCUAAAAAGAUCAAAGACAACACAAGAACAGCCUAAAUUAGAUGCUUGUGGCCCCGCACUGCCACCACAUUUGCAGAAACGCUAUACUAAGAGUGUCUCUCCCGAUAAUGUUUCAAUUAAAUUAUCAGCUGAAAUGGUCAGAAAUAUCGGACCAACUAUACCAUCUGACAUGCGAAAAGUGCUUGCCGAACAAAGUCCAGAAUUAAUAAAAGAAAGUUCAGAUGAAGAUGGCAUCGGUCCUUUACCCGCUGGCGCUGAAGAAAAAUGGUCAGAGGCUCAUCAAAAACUGGAAGAAAGGGCUUAUGAAAUGAAGAUUCAAAAAUUGGAAGGCCAAAGCAUGAAAAGCAAGGAUGUGAACCGGGAACAAUGGAUGCUUGAACUGCCAGAGGGAAAAACUAAGUUUUUAGGGCUUGAGGCUCGUGGAUUUAGAGCAAAAGCGGGACCAGAUAUGUCUGACAGAUCCAGCUGGACAGACACUCCAGAAGAUAAAGCUCGAAAGGCAUCGGGUGUGGUUGAGGAAGAUCCUUCGGAAACUUUACAACGAGAAGCGAAGGAUCGGCAAGUGUCAAACAGAGAUGAAGAACAAGAACAAGCUGUGAGAAGACAUAAAAAGAAGCAUAAAAGAGAUGAGAGUUUAUUGGAAAUGCACCAAAAGAAACUGAAAAAGAAAAAGAAGAAGGAAAUAGAAGAUAAGAAAGAGCGUCGUCCGUUCAGCCGUGAUGUAGACCUGCAAGUGAACAAAUUUGACGAGGCCCAAAAGAAAUCGAUCAUCAAGAAGGCACAGGACUUAAAUACGAGGUUUUCGCGCGGAGAUGCUAAGUUUUUAUAACACAAAUAUAGUUAUUAAAAUAGUGUAUUGUCUGUUGAAUUGCGGCUGUCAAUGUCAAUCCUAAAAAAUGUUACAUGAAAUAUGUUGAAUAGCAAGGUAAUGCGUUUUUUUAUCAAAGCUGACAAGUUCAAAAUAUCCAUGAGAGCAAUUGUCAAUGUCCAAAAUGCAAUACUCAAUUGUCAAUACUAUUACUGUUUUAGUGAAAAUGCUUCAAAUACAAUUCGUGUCAACUCAUUUAUUUGUUUUAAUAUGGUUUUUACAUUAAUUUGUAUCAUCUCAUUUAAGGUUUAUGCAUUAUUAGUUAAUAUUUAAUUAUAUGGUUCAGUAAGUAAAGUUAUCUAGGGCCGUUCAAGAAUUACGUAAGCUCUAUAGGGGGAGGGGGGUCUUCUUCGUGGAUGAUUUUCUUAUUUGGUAAUAGCGUCAACAGUAAUUAUUUACUUUUUUACACAUUCAACCCACACAUUGUCUAUCUUGAAACGAAAUGCAUUUUUGAGUAUUCCUACAAAAAACUUAUACGUUUAUGUAGGGAGGGAUAAAUUGCAGUAAAUCUUCUUAAGUAAUACUUGAAAGGCCCCUCCAUAAUAAAUAUAUUGGUUCAAAAUGAGAAGUCAACAAGUGACACUCGAAUUUGUGAUUGUAAAAUACACCUUUAUACAAAACAUUGCGGACGCCUUUACAAUUCACAGGAAAUCAUAGUGAUUAAUAUGACCACAAAUGGCUAUGUGAUGUUCUCAAUAAGAUUCGUCUUUGUCUAUUGACCGAAAAAAACUUCACAUUUAAACUUAUAUCGCGACUAUGCAAAAAAUGUCUGACACGAUAAUCAUGGCUGGAACAAAAGUAACUAGUAAUUGGUAUAUAUCAAAGAGAAUAUGAAAAAUUUCAGGUUCUAUAAAUUGAGUAAUGUGUUUGACAAAGUAAAAUCCAAACGAACAUUAAAUAAAUAGAUAUUACAAUGAGUCAGGUAUAUACAGCACGUGCUUUGUCACGUGACCACAGUAAUCUGUUACUUUGCCAUGAGUUUAAAAAUCGGAAUUGAAAGUAUUUUUUUAGCCAAGCGCGAUACUUUUAGCAUCAUAUAAAAUAGUUUUCUUGUGCUAGCAGGAAGGUACUGGAAUCUUACAACGAAGUUAGCAAAGCAUUUAUUUAUUUCUAAAUAUUUGAUCAUCUCUUGUUAAAGUUGGAACUUGUAAGCACAUAAUAUGUAAAACGCAUUUUGCUAUUAUUUUUUAUGUAAACGAAGAUUAUUAGUUUUAUCAUCGGUUUAAGUCUAGUAUGUACAAUACCACCCGAGUUUUUUUUAAUCAAAUGUAAACUGGUGUAAAUAUAUCUUUGAACAGGCUCUA